CCACGCUGAGCCGGGCCCAGCGGGCCGGUGUAUGUCUCCCCGCGGCCGCGGCGCUCGCCUCCCGGUGACUGUGCAGCGUGCGCCGCCGCCUGCCCCGACCCGCGCCGCCGCCGCCGCCGCCGCCCGGCCCCGCACGCACCUCCCUCUCCCGGGGUGACCGGCCUGCGGCCGCCGCCCGAAACCCAGCUCCGCACCCCUUCCCCCGCCGCCGCCACCGCCGCACACGGUCACGCGUCUCCCCGUCUUGUGAUUCUCCUCUCCCGAGCCCUUCAGCGGGGGUGCGAGUCUGUCCCCCCCACCCCACGCCCCAACCCACUGCCGCCUUUUCUCUCUCUCUCUCUCCUCCUCCCGCGCUCGCCGCGCUCUCCUCGCCCCUUCGUUUUAUUUAUUCGUAUUUAUUUGGCGUCCGCUCUCUCCUCUCCGUCCCUCUCCCUCCCUCCCUCCCUCUGGAUCCCCGCUCUCUCCCCGGAGUGGCGCGUCGGAGGCUCCGCCGCUGGCCAGGCGUGAUGUUGCACGUGGAGAUGUUGACGCUGCUGUUUCUGGUGCUCUGGAUGUGCGUGUUCAGCCAGGACCCGGGCUCCAAAGUCGUCGCCGACCGCUACGCCGUCUACUGGAACAGCAGCAACCCCAGAUUCCAAAGGGGUGACUACCACAUCGAUGUCUGUAUCAAUGACUACCUGGAUGUUUUCUGCCCCCACUAUGAGGACUCUGUCCCGGAAGAUAAGACGGAGCGGUAUAUCCUCUACAUGGUGAACUUCGAUGGCUACAGCGCCUGCGACCAUACUUCCAAGGGCUUCAAGAGAUGGGAGUGUAACCGGCCUCACUCUCCAAACGGACCACUGAAGUUCUCUGAAAAAUUCCAGCUCUUCACUCCCUUCUCCCUAGGAUUUGAAUUCAGGCCAGGCCGAGAGUACUUCUACAUCUCCUCUGCAAUCCCAGACAAUGGAAGAAGGUCCUGUCUAAAGCUCAAAGUCUUCGUGAGACCAACAAAUAGCUGUAUGAAAACUAUAGGUGUUCAUGAUCGUGUUUUCGAUGUUAACGACAAAGUAGAAAAUUCAUUAGAACCAGCAGAUGACACCGUCCAUGAGUCAGCCGAGCCAUCCCGCGGCGAGAACGCGGCACAAACACCAAGGAUACCCAGCCGCCUUUUGGCAAUCCUACUGUUCCUCCUGGCGAUGCUUUUGACAUUAUAGCACAUUCUCCUCCCGUCGCCUGUCACUGAGAACAUCAGGGUCUUGGAACACCAGAGAUCCACCUAACUGCUCAUCCCAAGAAGGGACUUGUUAUUGGUUUUUGGCAGAUGUCAGAUUUUUUGUUUUGUUUUGUUUUCUUUCCUUCAGCCUGAUUUCUAAGCAACAACCUGGGGUUGCUGGGGGAGGGGGUAAGCUGGUUGCUGCCUCCUUCACCCCACCCCAAGCCCUUGUCCUUGACCUCUCUCACCCCCUUAGAAAUUAAAUGGACUCCAGAUGAAAAUGCCAAAUUGUUGUAGUAACACCAGUGGCUCUUCGCCUCCUGUGCAUUCCCCUCUAGAGCUCACCUCUGUAAGCUCAGGGUGUCAACAGUAUGCAGACAAGGAAGAGUAGUAAAUGCUGCCCACAAUGACCAGGCCCGAGAGGGUGUCCCUCUCCAGUAGAAUACUUAGGCCUUCUCAUUCAGGACAGUAAGGUGACGGUGUAGAGCGUGGUGUUGGCACGUCACGUCCAGAGUUCAGAAUAGACAUGGUAUUGUACCAUAUCCUCUAGCAGGGUACAAGUGAGCAGGCUUCUCAAAGGCUCAGUUUUUGAGUCAUCAAAUAUGACUGUCUUAAAGCAUUCUUGCCAGCAAAACUUGGGCUGUGUCGAAGAAGCCUCUUCUCCCAGAAAGGAGGGUUGGAGGCAGGAUGCUAAAUCACAGGAAGUACGAAUAUUGAGAAAACUAUCUGUUGCUGGGGGUGUGAACGCCUCUGACUUCUUAGUGACUGGGCAGUGCACACCUGAUUUUUUUUUCCUUUGAAUACGGAUCACCAUGGUGCUACAACCUUUUGUUUUUCUUUUAGGAGCUCAAAGAGGCAUUUUUAUGAAUAAAGUGACCUUCCCCAAGGCUAAGAAGCCUGGGUUGAUGAGUAGAGAGUGGAAUAGCUUUGGCUGCUCCUCUGGGGACAAUAUGUACAAGGAAAGAAAGUCUGUGGCCAGAGGAGAUGCAAUUUGGCUUUGCUGGAGCUCCAGUGUGCUGUGGCCUUUCCCCAACUCCCACCCCAAUGCCCACGUUUUGCUCCAUUCUCCGUGAGCACAGGGGGCUCAGACACAGGCCCCUGUCAACAGGAGAGUCAGUCAGCAUGACUUGGGAGGGCUAAAGGGAAAUUUGGAAUAAAAAAUUCCAAAAGUUUGGAAUAAAAACUUCAAGUGUUGAUUUCAUAUUCUUUCCCUUUCUGACACAGCCUAAAGCGUAGGGGGAACAUGUGUUUAUGUGUGGGAGAUAAACAAGAUGGAGUCCCAAAGACUUUGACAAAAUAUUUUUUUAAAAAAAAUCCACUAGAAUAGAAAAUACAUUAUUUAGAUAUACUUUAUGCUGAGAGUGAGUAUAUAUGCUUGUCCUAUUUAAACUUGUGAGAAAAAGUGGUACCCCUUGAUACAUUUAGAAACCCGGGGGGUUUAUCUUGUUUCAUAGUAGGGUUGGGGCAGGAGAAUGAACACAGGAUGACCCUGUUUAAAGAACCUUAGCAUGGUCAAGGGGUGGUUCCAGCUGAUUACCAGGAAACACAAGCUGUGGGGCUUCUCCUGGUAGGGUGUCAGGAACUCUAAAUCCCAAAACUUAGACAGGGAAAAAUAUGAGACCAAUGGAAAGGUGAUCUAGCCUAUCUCUGCUAUUGCACGACAUCAAAUAGAAACCAUGCCUUUGUAAACAAGCAAGUCAGUAAAAGCAAUGAUCAUGUAAUGUGGAAAAUUGAAAGCAUUCCAGUAAAAAAAAAAAAAAAAAAAAAAAGGGGGUGUUUUUUAUAUAUUCGUUUUUAAGAUGUAUAUGUAAAAAAAAAAGGAGUUCACAUUAUAGAUGGACCUCAUGAAUCAGAAAUUGCUUAGAAGUGUGAGUAGUUUCAAAUUAGGAAAACGUGAGUGAAAGGCAGCUGUGAACGUACUGCAUCCUAGAGAGUUGUGCGCACGCUGUAGCGUAAGCUGGGCUUACUUACCUGGUCCCUUUGGAGUGGAGAUUGCUGGAGUCUGCUCUCACCUCAACCAUGUGACUGGAGUUGCCAGCCUCAAAGAUACACUUAGUCCUCUUCCCCCGUCCUCUGAGACUUCUCCGGAAGAGCAGUCUCCUCACAGAAGGCACCCACCAUUUCACUGACAGAACUUCAAAGCAUUGGAUUCCUUUGCCUUUAUUUAUACGCUCGGCACUCUCAGUAAUAUCCAGAUGUAUUCUUUUUAUUAAUAGUUACAGGUUUGUGGGUUAGUGGGAUUUCAGUAAGGGGACUAAAACCCCUUCUAAGAUGGAUGAAUAGAACCAAAAUAAUACUGCAUGUACUACAAUCAAGGAAAACAAGUGAUCCUAUAAUAAUUCCAGUUAGUCCUAACGGCAUUAGCGGUUCUAAUGUCAUUUUAGAAAUGGUGAAUUCUGUGGUUCUUCUAGCAUUGUCUCUAACAACUGAUGAAAUAAUUACUCAUGGCCCUCUCUGCCAUUGUCUUUCAUUUUCCACUGUGCAAUUAGACUCUUUUACUUCAUGUCAUGCCACCAAUGAUUAAGUUAAAAAAAAAAAAACAAAAACUACCCACACCAGUAGACGAUAUGCUUUUCUACCUGUGACAUAAUCGUAGCUAAUACACUUGUGUGGAGUUUUCAAGACGAUUGGUGUCAGACAGUUUUUAUCUUGUCCAAAAAGCGCUGGUGGCUUUCUGUGCUGUUGUUACAAUCCUCUGUGGGCUUAGGAUGUCCAUACAGCUUGGUAGCGGGUUUAAUUUUAAAAACAAAUCAAACGCAUAAGGGCAUCCCUGGAGUCCCUCAGCCCCAGUUGGUCAAACCCCAGCGACCUUUGCCCCUGGUUGCCAAGGGCUUUGCAAAAUGAAGCAGGGAAUAAAGAUCUGUCUGUUUAGUGGAUACUGUGUAUCCUUUAAUAGACCAGGUAACAGUUCGUGUUAGUUUUAGACUAUUGUUUUGUACUGUACUUUCUUGGGUGGCAGAGGAAAGAAAAGUCAAAAUGUUAAAAAAAAAAACAACUGCGUUCUUUAAUUCUGUAUUAUUAGCGACCUCUGUUGUAUAUAGUGUUUGAUAAUAAAGUAUUAAUUUGAUUCUAAUGUCUUUUGUAAGUGACAACAAUAGACUUUCAGGAUACAAAACAUGCAUUGAGGCUUUGAAACAUCCGAUGUAUACAUGGCUGAGAAGUGACUCGUGUGGUCAUAUCGCACUUAUUCUUACAGCUCCAUCGUCUUGGGACCAGAAACAGCAGGACUGCUUUGACUGAUACUUUGUCCUCAGUGUUUUCAAGGUCUGAUGUCGGAGCUCUGUGGUCAUUCCCCCCACCCAAAGCAUGUGGUUUGAAAGGUUUAGGUAACUUAGAAAUGGUUCUGUACUUUGGAUUUCUGUUUGUCAUUUUCCCCCAGGAAGUCUUGUCGGUAUCAAGUGCGGCUCAGACUCAGGAUGGUUGCAGAGCGGUCCCUUUAGGAAGGCUCAGUGGGGCUGUUUCCCUCUCUGUGUCUUUGUGAAAGGAAGAGUCACAGCACCUGUGGGCUUUCAGGGACUCUGUUUUUCUCCUGUGCCUUAGCAACGGCUGCAGCCAUUUUUAUUAGUUUCACAAUAUUAGAAAAACAGUUUUAAACUCCUCCUUUCCAUUCAUUGCUCUCAGAGUUGUGCUCACCAGACUUUCUUUUGAAAACCACCUCCACCAACAGCCCGUUUGCCUGCCUGACCCCUCUGCCCCCCCCCCCCCCCCGCUCUGUCUGUCUCUCUCCUACCUCCCGCAUUCUGUUUUCCCUCAGAGCCAUGACUGGGCAGGUCUGUCUCUGGUUUGGCAUCACUGUUUUUCCCAUGCAUUUGUCCCAGAGCCGCCCGGAUGUGAGACAAAUCUCCCUACAAUGGGCUCGCUCCCGUUGUUUGUACAGUUUAAUAGAUGCUGCCAUGUUGGAGGUUACCCAUGAGUCAAAAUCCGUUUUCCAUGCUUACUCCUGACACCCCAUUGAAGCCACUCAUUGUGUGUGCGUCUGGGUGUGAAGUCCAGCUCCGUGUGGCCCUGUGCUUGUACUCCCUGCCUUGCAGUCCUUUGCACUUGCUUAUCGAGUGCUGUUUUGAAAUGCUGACAUUAUAUAAACGUAAAAGAAAAUGUAAGAAAAAAAUUGAAACACACACACGCAAAUCCAUACGAUCUGUAUUUGUAUAUACACGUGUCCGUACAAGUAUA